UAAUUAAUUUGACAGUUAUGACGUUAGAUGUUUGUGGGGAAACAUUAAAUUAUUGUAAAUGAGUUAACACGUAUGUGUCGCCUCGAUAUGGCAACCUAACUAAUGUACAUGCAAGAGACUUCCGGCUUUUAAGCUCGGGGUGUUUCUACUCCUCAACACCGCAACCUGUUAGCAAAACUUUAUCAUUACUGCCGCUUUUAAACUAAUUUAUUACAAUGUCCGAUAUUGAAUCCGACGAGUUUGACGAGGAAAGCAAUAAACUCGGGGAAUAUGAAGGGGACAGAAACGAAGCAGGAGAGAGACAUGGGAGUGGAAAAGCUACCUUGCCUAAAGGAGACGUUUAUCAAGGACGAUAUGAACAUGGCAAAAGACAUGGGAAGGGAACAUAUCGUUUUGUCAAUGGAGCAAGAUAUGUAGGAGACUAUCAUCAAAACAUGAAACAUGGACAAGGCAUCUUCUACUACCCAGAUGGAUCCAAAUAUGAAGGUUCUUGGUCCGAAGACUUGCGACAAGGCCAUGGUGUUUACACUUACUCCAACGGAGACACAUAUGAGGGAGAAUGGCUAAAUCACAUGAGGCACGGUCAGGGCACUUACUGCUACCAGGACACUGGCUCUGUGUACACUGGAAAAUGGGAGAAUGGCAAGAUUGAGUCGGUUGGAGAGUUCAUUCACGCCAACCACAGAUACAAUAGUAACUUUGUCAACAAUAUUCCGUCUGGCCCAGGGAAGUAUGUGUUUGACAUUGGCUGUGAGCAGCAUGGUGAAUACCACCAGAUAGAGCAGGAAAGGGUUGAUGGCGACUGGAAUGAGUCAGGCGCCACUACUAUUCUCAAAUGGUUUCCGAAAUGUAUCACAGGCCUUACUCAACAGGACACAGAGGGUUAUAUCACAGACCUCCCUCAACCGGAGACGGGGGCUUCCCCCGAUGCCAUGCCGGCCCAAAUGGAUCCUCCAAAAGAAGCCUAAGACCAAACUUAGCACACCUUGUACGGUAGUAAUUAAUGGACCAUAUUGGAUGUACAGUAAAUUACCACACAUUUAAACACCAUGUCAAGAGCACAAAAUCGCCCUUUUUAGUUUUGGAUCAGUUUGAGCUUAUAAUGUCAACUUUUUAUAAAAAUACACAACUUUAUUUUUAGUAUUUAUAUUGGUUGUGUUUUUUCAGGUCUCAGUUGAGAUUGUGUCACCUUUGUCCCAUCCCAAAGUGCUGAGGAAUCAUAAUUUGUUUUUUAUAACUGAGAGUAAGCACUCUCUCACAGUUAAAGACCAUAGUGACUGUAAAGCUCUGCUCCCUGGAAAACUGCACGCACUCUUUCACCUUUUAAACUUUCCUAAACGUGUCCUCGUCUAAACAAUUGUCUGCCCCUGUCUAAAUAGGUCGGUUUUUUUUACUUUAAUUUGUACUGGAACAAUGAUUGCAAAAUAUAAAUGAGUAAUAAUAAAGGCAUACAGUAGA